UUUUUUUUUUUGAGACAGUAUGUAAUUAAGGCUGGCCUUGAACUUACUGUGCAGCCCAGGUCGCCUUCAACCUUGAAGUGGUCCCCAGAUGCGGCCUCCAUGGUGCAGGAGUUCCACGCGUGUGCCACCACGCCUGGCAUUAGUAACUCAACAAUAUCACUCAGCUGUGAUUAAACACACAGGGGCACCCAGCCUUCUGGGACCCUGCUCUUAAAAAAUAGUCUGUUCUAGACGACUUCUUGAAAGCCCACUUCCUCUUGUGGAAGUUCUUUGGCCUCUCUGUUACAACUUUUUCUCUGUAAAAGGAGGGAAAUAGUACCUACCUCACAGUAUUUCAAGGAUUAAGUUAGCUGAUGUAGGUAAACCUCUGAGCAGCUGCUUGUAAAACGAGCUUGAUAAAUGUCAGCUGCUGCUGCUUGGUGACAAAGGAGACAGGCAUUGUGGUUUAACUGAGAAACCAGUUCCUUCGUGAAGGGUGGCACCACACGUAACCACACAUAAGCUGUGAGUAACGUCCACAGUGCAGUUGUGGUCCGGUGUGAAGAACACCCCAGUACUGGACGUCUGAUUCUCCCCUGUCCCUGUCACUACCACGUAGCCUGUCUUGUUUUGUAGUUAGUUCGGAACCUCCUCCUCUGCUCACCUCCCAAGAGUGGCCGCUGCAGGUUGGAGGAGCAUAGGGAGGGGUGAUGGAGGCAAAUUUACACCUGAAAGGUGAAGCAUCUUCUGUGUGGAAUGGUUCCAGAGUUAUUUUUAGGGAAACCUUAGUGAGAGUGUCCUGAAGUGGGAAUGUCACUCUGUCCUUCCGCUCCAGCCCUUGGGAUCUUUUGUGUUGCUCUUAAGGUCGGGCAGAAAAGCCCAGUUUCCCUUUCUUUGGCCAUUCAGUGUCCCAGUGGCUGGACAGCAAGGGUGAAGACCAGAUCAGUUGGUACCAGGCCUGGUGUCUCAAACACUGAUGCCACUUGACUCCCAGCAAGAGCUGGAGUGUUGAGUGUUGUCCAGUAUAUUAUGUGUCCCUGCGUGGGGGCAGGCACUGGUGACAGAGCCAUGACGGGGUGGUCCUGAUCCCUGGCCAGAACUUCCUAUUUAAUCCCCUCUUCUACUACGUGAUCUGUGUUUCCUCUCCCAUGGGAGAAGUCCACAGUUUGCCACUGGCCCUGAAUGACCAUGGGGCUUCUGGAUUUGAGGUAGACUUACCCGCUUGUUGCUUUGGUUUCUUCAUCUGUGAAAUGGACACACGGCUCACCUGGAAAGGUUAUGUUGUCAAAUGGGAUAUAUAUAUUUAUCAGAGUUCCUGCACAGACAGGCACUUUGGUUGCUUGCUGCCCUUCCCUUCUUUGUUACUUCUGGAGGUCACCCUCUCUGGGGGUCUGGGACAAGCCAACCAGAAGAGGGUUGCAAGCCAUUUCUUGGUUCCAGUCCCCAGUCAUCAGAUCAGCCCAAACAAAACAGGUCGCCCAGCCAAAUCGGAUGCCCUUGGGAGCAGCUGCCCACAGCAGAUGCUCCUCUCUCCCCAGUGUGCAUACUGUCAGCCCUCUACCCUUCAAGUCCUCUAAUCACAAGUGUACUUUGAGCUGGCAAACAGUGUCCAAAACCAGCAGCCCCUGGGCCGUCCCUAGGGAUGUGGCAAUGUAGACUCCCUCUCUGGCUUCUGUUGCUCAGAGAGAGCUGAGGACCAGACCUCGAGUGUGGUCUUGUCUGUGCUCCGAACUCAGUGGCCAGUUCGGCCCCACCCAUAAGUCUGCUGCGAGUACCCCACCUCCUUGGGCCUGGGCAAAGCCUGUGUGUUCUGCUGUCCAGGAGCCAAAGGGCUAGUCAGGGAGAAGGUGGUCAGGACGGACUACAAACCAGAGACCGGAAGACCAUGUGCAGUAUCCAGACCUGGAGGUUCAUGGCUCAUGCAGUAGAGACUUGGAGAAGAAAGGGAUAUGUACUUGACUGCUUGGGUUCACGAAGCCCUAGAAGAGGUGCAGGACUUGAGCUGGACUCGGACGCAAGGCAGAGGCCGUUCAGGAUGGGAAAGUAACCAGGGCACGUGGCCACUUAGGAAGCAAAACCCAGUCCAGUGGUUGAAUCGCCCACCCUGGGUUCAAGGAAGGCAUGGGGAUUUAUCCAGCACACGGUAGCUGGGCCAGAUCUGCGAUCAGAACCCAGACCCAUGGUUCUGGGUCCCCUAUUCUUCCGGCUCACCUGGCAGGGAGGGGCCCAUGGGAGUGGUAGGUGACUUUGGAAAGCCCAGCCUCCAGGGCUAGUUUUAUAGACUGUCAGCCCUUCUGACUCCUCUUACCUGCCUAUCGCUCAGGACUCAGCAACACCUCUAGGAAGUCCUGACCUGUGUCCCCACUCGAGCCCCCACUCUGUGGAUGUGAGGCCGAGCACCUCCCUCACCUCCCUGCACACUGACUGCAUGUAUUGCACGCCCUCUCUUCUGCUAGCAGGAGCUGUGUGUGACCCAUUAUUUCUGCAUCACCAGCAUCUGCAUAGGCUUGCAUGUAAUGGGUGCUCAGUAAGAGCAGGUGGGUGGCUUUCGGUCCUCUUGGGUAUUCCUUCGUCAAGGCUGGGUUGCAUACUGAGUUGCUUCUUCCUGGGGUGGGCCCGCUCAGCCUCCUUAACAGAGUCUCUGUGGGGUCUACUCUAACCUUGCUCACCAGAAAGUGACCCUUUUUUUGAGUGACACUUUCCAAUCUGACUGACUGGUUAGAUUAGAGAUGAGACUGGCCACACACUGGAGGAUGUCAGGGCUGAUAACCCCAGAGGCCAUCCCAUCUGCAGUCCUGAGGUGGGCAGCCAGUCUGACCCUGCACCCUGGGCACUGCUGGGCUGCGGGUUUGCCCCACAUGCACAGGCCUUUGGCAUCUUUCCUGUGUACCUUACCUCCUGAGAGAGGGAGAGGACCGAGGCUGGCUGUGCAUGGGUGGGGAGAGCUGCCCAGUCUGGCCUGCUGACUGGCAAAGGGUCAAGUUUACCAGGAGGGAGGCCAGGCCACUCAGGUUUCACUUUGCAGGGGCUGUGGAGGGGAAGAGAGCUGCCCAGUUCCUGGAGGCUGAACCCAGCUCGCCUUUCCCCCUUCGUGGACUUCUUCCCCUGCCUCAAAACACAGGGUUUCUUGAUACUCUGAAUUCAUUGUGACCCAAGGAGAGAAAGAAUUUAGUUACUGAUUUUUUCAGGAGCAGAGCCCAACUCAGAGGAGUAGGGGAGAGGGCAGCUCUGUCCCCAGACGCCCUGCUUGCUGGCUCGGUUUCAGGUGACCCUUGGCACUCCAUUGUAUGGGGUAGGUGUGGCUGGGAGCCCUUCUCCCCCAGGUUCCACUUGUCCCUCACUGGUCGGAGGCCGGAAACCCCUCCCUACUGCCUCCAGGCCUUGGCCCCGAGCUCUCAGCGGGCACCUGUGCCACCCAAGGAACCCUAGCCAUUAUCUAGACUAGUUCUCAUUUUACAUGGGUGGAGACUCAGUCCAAAGAGGUGACACACAGCUCUAGUUGUUGCCGAGGCGUGACUACACUCUCCUGGCUCCCGGCUCAAAGUGCUUUCCAGAAUUUUCAGAUGGUUCCAAACUUUCUGUUUUUAUUUGUGCGCCCUUGGGCAGGCUAAUUAAGUUCCCUGGGACAGAAUUGUCAUCCUUGUGAAAAAGAAAUGUUUCAUGUCUAUGGUGAGGGGCAGUGUCAUUGUGUGGAUUAUUAGAAAGCAGUGAGCUCCUCGCAUGUGCCAGACGCCUCUUGGGCAGUCACUCUAUGUCAUUGUCCCUGUGGAUGGGAGCCACCCUGUCUCAUUCCUGGGGGGUCUGUCCCCCCACCUCUUCUGGCAGGUCUGUGGCAGUGAUGUCUCCUCACCUGUUGGGGCCAGCACCUGGGGAGGCCUUGGCAAUUCCUCUUACAACCAGGGCUGAACUGGCAGCGUGUGCGGGUGCACGGACACGGGCGCCAGGGGACUAGGAGCAGAGAAAAAAGAUUUCCACUGGCAAGAUGUGUCCCCACCGAGGCGCUGCACGGCAGCGGGUGUUUAGCACGGGCUGAGAUGCCGGGGCUGCACCACGGGAGAGCUGGUGGAGAUGGGUGCCUGGCUGAGUCCUAGACCUUCGGCGGUGGCAGCAAGGAGAAGCCUCAGCAGCAGCGUCUGGAGCAGGGCUGAAAGCAAGCAGCAGUGGAGCACACGCCCGUGACCGGCCACCAUGGGCCAGAGACUGUGGGGGAGCCGCCUGCUGCGGCACCGGAAGGCCCAGCUCCUGCUGGUCAACCUGCUGACCUUCGGCCUGGAGGUGUGCCUGGCUGCCGGCAUCACCUAUGUGCCACCCCUGCUGCUGGAAGUGGGGGUGGAGGAGAGGUUCAUGACCAUGGUGCUGGGCAUCGGGCCCGUGCUGGGCCUGGUCUUCGUGCCGCUCCUGGGAUCGGCCAGUGACCAGUGGCGUGGACGCUACGGCCGCCGGAGACCCUUCAUCUGGGCACUACCCUUCAUCUGGGCACUGUCCCUGGGCGUGCUGCUCAGCCUCUUCCUCAUCCCGAGGGCCGGCUGGCUGGCGGGGCUGCUGUGCCCGGACACCCGGCCCCUGGAGCUGGCCCUGCUCAUCCUGGGCGUGGGGCUGCUGGACUUCUGCGGCCAGGUGUGCUUCACACCGCUGGAGGCCCUGCUGUCCGACCUCUUCCGGGACCCCGACCACUGCCGCCAGGCCUUCUCCGUCUACGCCUUCAUGAUCAGCCUCGGGGGCUGCCUGGGCUACCUGUUGCCCGCCAUUGACUGGGACGCCAGUGCCCUGGCCCCGUACCUGGGCACCCAGGAAGAGUGCCUCUUCGGCCUGCUCACACUCAUCUUCCUCACCUGCGUGGCAGCCACGCUGUUUGUGGUGGAGGAGGCGGUGCUGGGUCCGGUGGAGGCGGUGGAAGGCCGGUCGGUGCCCUCGGGGCCACGCUGCUGCCCGUGCCGUGCCCGCCUGGCUCUCCAGAACCUGGACGCCCUGCUUCCUCGGCUGCACCAGCUCUGCUGCCGCACGCCCCGCACCCUGCGCCGGCUGUUUGUGGCCGAGCUGUGUAGCUGGAUGGCACUCAUGACCUUCACACUCUUUUACACAGACUUCGUGGGUGAGGGACUGUACCAGGGUGUGCCCAGAGCCGAGCCAGGCACCGAGGCCCGGAGACACUAUGACGAAGGUGUGCGGAUGGGCAGCCUGGGGCUCUUCCUGCAGUGCGCCACCUCCCUCCUCUUCUCCCUCGGCAUGGACCGGCUGGUGCAGCUCUUCGGCACCAGGGCCGUCUACCUGGCCAGCGUGGCAGCCUUCCCUGUGGCCGCCGGUGCCACGUGUCUGUCCCGCAGUGUGGCCGUGGUGACAGCCUCGGCCGCCCUCACCGGGGUCACCUUCUCGGCCCUGCAGAUCCUGCCCUACACUCUGGCCUCCCUGUACCACCGCGAGAAGCAGUGUGACGUCCCGGUGGUGCGCGUGGUGGUGGGCGAGCCGGGCGAGGCCAGGGUGGUCCCGGGCCGGGGCAUCUGCCUGGACCUCGCCAUCCUAGACAGCGCCUUCCUGCUGUCCCAGGUGGCCCCGUCGCUGUUCAUGGGCUCCAUAGUCCAGCUCAGCCAAUCUGUCACUGCCUAUAUGGUGUCGGCCGCGGGCCUGGGUCUAGUGGCCAUUUACUUUGCUACACGGGUAGUCUUUGACAAGAGCGACUUGGGCAAAUAUUCAGUGUAGAGCGGUCCGAACGGGGGAGGCCCCGCCUCGGUGGGUCCCGGCUCCCACGGGUGGGGCCACGGGCCUCCCCGCUGCCCGAGUGGCGCGGCGCUCUGCUGCCACCCCGUGGCGACGUGGCGCAUAGCCUCACCCGUUGUGGUCUGAGGCUUCCCCGGGCUCUUCCUGCUCCUAGGGCUGGCGGGCAGCUUCCCAUCUGACUUUUGGUCUGGGCUUCUGCGGGGAGCCCAAGGGCGGGCAUGUGAUGAGCUCCAUGCACUGGAAUGCGGGACUCUGUAGGCGGGUCACCCAGGCUCAGGCUUAGAGCCAGCACCUAGUUCAGGUAGACUCGGAAGGCGUCUGGGCAGCUGAAUAAACUCAGCCACCUGGUCUCGCACCUCCAAGCCCCCUUACCCUGCAGCCUCCAGGUGUUGCUCUUGCAUGGGAGUUUCUAGCUGAAGCUCCCCCGGGAUUCGGAGGUGUAAGACCUACUUGCAGGAAGGGUCCUAGGGGCCCGGCCAUGUGGCCCACAGCGGUGCUGCUUCCUCUGCCUCCACCUCCUGUCAGGACACGGCUGGUGGUCUCUGGGGACCCAGGACUUUGAGUAUUUAACUUAUUUAUUUGGCAAAGGAGAAGGGAAAGAUCCAUUCCCAGCUCUUCUGUGUUGGUGCCUAGCAGGUGGGUAGAAUGAGAGCCUCCAUAACUGGGUCCCCAAGAGGCUGAUCUUUGCUAGAAUCCUGUUCUCCUGGGGUGACAGGUGUGGCCCCCCAAAACUGCCUAGACCAGGACCUUGGGAGCUCUACUCACCUGAGGUGACAGCCCAGAUGUGCUUGCCCAGAGCUGGGAGGUUGAGGGGAGGCAGAGGGGACUCCGAGUGUCACGCCCCUAAUCUCUUGUCUCCUGCCCCGGCCGGAUGCCCCUGGCUCCCCUCUGCCCCUGUAGGGCUGGUGAAGACGCUGCCCUUCCACCCCCCACCCCACCCCCGCAGCUGCAGCCUGACUGGGCGCAUCGCAGGACCAGAAGCACAAGUGUGGUCCCUUGAGCCUUUGACCGUUUCCGUCCCGGGGCGGCUGUGCUUGGGAAUCCACCCCGACUCAGGAACACCCCUGCCCGAGGCGAGGAGCUCUCAGCGCUCUCGCUCAGGGUUUAAGUGCCGUUUGCAAUAAUGUUAUGUCUUAUUUAUUUAGCGGAGUAAAUAUUUUAUACUGUUUGUGAGCAAUCAGAGUAUAAUGUUUAUGGUGAGGAAAUUAAAGGCUUCUUAUAUGUUUAAUU